CAGAAAGGUGUUAUCUUCCUAAAGUUGUCUGGUGAUUUCUCACGACAUGCCUUACUAGUGCCUAAGAUUAUCAAUUAUUGACAGUCGGUGGAGAUUUAUUACACAGUGAUAUAGUGAUCCCCGGAAAGAAGCAGAGGAAGCACCACCAAAUAAUUAGUUUUAUUGCAUAUAAAGCAUAGGAAAUCUAGACAAAAGGUCACCUGUGAGAAGAAUGGAUGUUAUUAUUGCGAUAAAACUAGGAAUUAGCCACACUUCAAACGUUUGUAUGAUCAACUAUUAUCAACCAAAAGAUUGUGAAGAGUUCAAUGUAGUGUUUGAUACAAAGUCAAAUACUCAGUUACAAACUACAUCAGUAACAACACCAACGGUAACAUUGUUUGAUGACAAGGGAGCCAUUCAAUCAUAUGGAUUUGAAGCUGAAAUUCAAAGCAAAAAACUUGAUAACGAAAGUAACCAUCUUCUUUUCCGCGAAUUUAUUUGGGAUCUCUUUUGUUCAGAUGAAAAGCUUCCAGAAAAUCUUAAUGCCGUGAACGGCAGACAAAUGAAGUCGAUAGAUGUAAUGGCUGCUGUAUUGGGCUAUAUGAUCAGUCAUAUAAAAACUGAAGCAGUAUUUCAAGGUUUACCAUUAACACUGAAAUACGUUUUGACAAUCCCGACCUGUGCAUGUAAAGGUUCGAGGACAUUCAUGACUGAGGCUGCCUUGAAGGCAGGUUGUUCGCGCGAAAAUAUAAAAAUCGUUGAAGAAGCAGCUGCUAUCUUACUAUUUUGCCUCCAUGACAAACAACAUACAGGAGUAACAACUUUAGAUGAUGACACUUGUAAUAGGAAGUAUUUUGUAGUAGAGUGUGAGGAGGAUAAUGCUGCCAUAUCAGUUUUAACAUACACCAACGAAAAUAUGAUUGAAAUUUUAUACACGGAUAACGCUGAAAUAUGGAAAGACGGCCAUAUUUUAAACGAUUUUAUUGAGAUUAUUAGUUUGAACACUAGGAAAGCGUUGUUAGAUUUCUUUGAAAAAUACCCCAUGGAAUACUAUAAUUUUCUACAGGAGGUAAAAACAAAACUCAGGCUGACAUCAUCUGACUGCUCAAAAUUGUAUUUAAACAUAUCAUCCGUCAUGCUGGAGGAAAAACGAUGUUCUGAAAGCAUGCAGGAAGCUGUCUUAGGAACAGAACGUAAAGACGAGCUUAAAUUUAUAGGAGACAAAUGUGUCAUUAAAUCAGAAAGAUUUCAGAUUCUGUUUACUGAAGCUGGAAGACGCAUUGUAGACUAUAUAGAAAAAGAACUGUUUGAUGUUUUUGCAGAUAUUAAUCAUAUAAUUCUUGUUGGAGAGUUUGCACAGUCACCGAUACUUCAGGACAUUAUUAAAACGUCAUUUUCUGCGAAAAAUAUUAUUAUUCCUUGUGAAGGAAACAUUACAGCAGUAAGGGGUGCUGUGUUACUUGGACAAAGGAGUAUAUCAGUGGGAAAAAAGAUUGUUCACACUAUGAACCAUACACCAUUGAAUAAUGCACAAGUUGUGUUAACAGAAGGAGAAAGAAUUGAGAUAAACAAGAAAAAAUCGCCACGAAAACGAUGUGUGAUAAUAUAAUACGAGGUUACUGACCUUUAUGUUCAGUAAAUGUCAUUUAAUUUGUACUCACCUGAAAAAAAAACCCAUAAGUGAGGUUUAUUUUAUUUUAUUUAGUGUUGUUCUUUCCAUUUGCUUGUCAGUUUACAAAACACCUUUUUAAGAACUUAAAGUUAGUGUGCCUAGAACUAUACGUUAUAUCAUAUUACCAGUCUGUCUUAACCAUUUUUACGUCACCUCCGGAAUGACGUAGAGCUACGACGUAACUUACGACGCAACGUGAAUUAAAACGCUUUCGUGAAACGCCGAAAUUUUGCUACGAACUACUCACGUCGCAGUUACGUACUACGUAAGAUUUACGAUGCUUUUGUGAAACGGUUCUAUUGUGACAUAUAGUUUUUAACAAUUGUUAUAUUUAGUUUAUAAAGAUAGUGUAUAUACAUAUGUUGCUAGAGUUUCUAUGUAAUAUCUGUAACGUUGUAUAGACGACUAUGUUAUAAAUGUUUUCCUACAAUCUUUAAUACUUUCCAACGAUACUUUCAAAAGAAUGUAAACAACUGUAGCCCUUUUCACAAAAAAUCUUAAGGUUUUGCGUAAGAUUUCAACUUAAGAAUAUCAUACGAGAAAUCUUAAGUGCUUUUCACGAACGCAUUCGUAACAGGUUUCACUUAAGAAUUUACUUACGAGUUAUCCUUUCCCUAGCAACAAUUUGAAAUCACUUAAUAAUUCUUAUAAAACAGGAGAAACAUAUAAAUUAACCAACAUUCUCAUAAAACAGAUGCAAAACUGAAAUUAUAUACCACUUGCAUCGAAUGAAAUCAGUGCGGUGUAGUAGAAAUCAAAAUACGACGUCACAAUCACAAUGUGUGUUUAGUGUGACGUAGGAAAAGCUUACGAGAAAAAUUUGCCGUGAAAAUUUUUGGAGAAUUUAGAUGUGUAUUUUUUCAACAAUAACUGCUAUAUAGUACGAAAUAAUGGUAUAAUGCGGCUUAAAACAUUAAAUUUAGCUGUUUUUCUUGUAUAUUUUACAAAAUACGAUUAUUAUUUACAGUUUUGAAAUACUUACGAGAGGGUAUGUGCUAUCGUAAAGUUACGACAAAUUUUACACGUAAGAAUCUCAUAAGAUGUUUUGUGAAAAUGAAUAAAAACUUAAGUUUUCACUUACGAUAAAAAUUAAUCUUAAGUUUUUUUGUGAAAAGGGCUACAGAUCGUAACUUUAUGAUGCAUGGAUUUGAAUUUCAUUUAAAAUCAAAUCUUAUGUAUUAUUUUGUUUUGCUUUUUAAUUCACAUCGUCUUUAAAUACUUACCUACUUUGAAUUUUGCUCGACCGAAUGUUGUUUUCUUUGAUAUUUUGUAUGUUUUUUUCUCUUUCGUUUUAAAGAUUAUUUUGAUACAAAAAUCACGAUUCAUUUUAGUUUGUAAAGGGCGAGUAUAUAUUCCUAGAUGAGUUUUCCAGCACUCAAAUUAACAUAAUUUCUUAUACUUCAGUGUUGUAAAAAGUAGAUAUCUUUAAUUAAUUUUUAUUUUCACAAUCAGUGCAUGCACAAGUUUUUAGUUUUCCAAUUAGUUUUUUUACAUUCUAUAAAAAACGAAAAACCAGCAAAUGAAAAUCUGAUUUUGUACUCUUGUUCUCUUUUUGAAUGUCCAAUGAAAAGUUUAUACAUCUGCGAAGAUAAUUAACAUAUUUUUGCUAACAAUUUCGAAAGAAUAAUUGUUACAUAUCACAGAUUUUUGAAAUUACAUUAUGUAGUGUAUGAUAAUAUAAUCAUAUAAUAAUUUUCAUGUGGUCAACAAGUGUCCUGCCUCCCGUUAAUUGUUGUAACUGACCAACCAACUCUCUCGAUUUAAUGUCAAGAUCUAGUAUCUUGUUAUGACGUCUUUAUUGAUGCAUGUAGCAAAAACAUAUCUUGACACUUCAAUUAAAAUGCCCUAAAGGUAAAAUUUGCGUAUACAGGGAGAUAACUAAGAAUUCUAUUUUCAAGUAACAAUGUUUUAUCUUUUGUCAACCAGAAUUUCCAAUAAUCACUAAAUAAUUACGAAUUCAUUGGCAUGAGCCGCAUGACUAUUGAACCUGGAAGCUUGGACCUGUUAUGUACCAAGUCUUUUAAAAUCUGGAAUGUAUUUGGUGUAAAACAUGUACUUUAUUCUUUCUCACGAUAUUUAUACUGCAAGUUCCGAUAUUUAUAAAUGCGUCAGGGUUCUAGCCAUUUAUUUAUUAUUUUAGUUUAUUCAUCUAUUCAUUCAUUUAAUUAUAAUUGCUCUCUAGAAAGAUGAUUACAUGGUGUUAUAACCUGCCUCCUUGGGUAAUACAGAAAACUUCAGUUGAAGUUGGCUGCGCAGCAUGCGAGUACAAUAUGAAAAUUAAUUGUGCAAAUGAAUGCAAACACGGAGUUGUUCAACUGAAAGGAAGUAAGGCGGUUGUGUAGAGUGAUGUAUCAAUCAUGUUCGAACAGAAAGCUCAUUUCAGCACAAAUGCAAAGGUCAAAAUAUUUUGUGGUUGUAUUGACGGUGUAUUUGAAUGUUCUAUAAUAAAGGACUAUGCCAUGGUCUAAGGCAAAAACAUCAACAUACGAUUUUAUAAGCACGUAUUUGGACUGUUUUGCGAUGAAUUUACUAUUGUCCAUGUUGAGACCGGAGAAAUUGUAGAGAAGAAAUAAAAAUCAGAUUCAUUAGACAUGCAUCUCUCUAUCUCUGAGAUGAUUCAAUUACUCUUGUAUUUCCCCCCAGAAAAUCGCUUGGAAAGCCUUGCUCGUCCAGCCAAUUGUGAUGGUAAUCCCUCAUGUUGUA